AUGCCGGCAAAGUUCCCAGGGGUUAAAUUCGACCAAGGAGCUAACACGCGUGGGACGUCCUUUGGAGGACUAGGGCUAGGAGUAAGAGGAGUAAGAGGAGGAGGAGGAGGAGGAGGAGAUGAUGACGAUAAAAUAGGAAAUAGGUCAAAGCAGAGGAGGGGAGGGCCUUCCUCUUACAGCGCCCUUUCUCUCUCUCUCGUUCACUCGCAGGAGAAGCGACAGCGGCUGAACGAACGUAGAACGCCCGCGUUCGCGCGUGGAUGGGUGACGUCUCGCCAACUCUCCACGCCGCCCUCGGCUUGCCGGAACGUCCAUCUUCGCCGCCCAAUCAAUUCCGAUGCGGGGGGCGCCCUCCCCCCGCCGCCGGAGGGAGGCCGACCAAUGGCCGCCCGUCUCCCUCUUCGGCCGGGGCUUCCGACCCAGCCUCCUGACGGGGAGCCGCCAAUGACAGGGGUCCUCCGAUUAGGGGGGCGGGCAAUUCGUGCUGCGCCCUGGUGCACUGCACAUAGCCGCCGCCCCCUCCCCCCCCUCCUCCCUCCCCCUCGUCUCCCGUGGCGAUGCCUUCAGGGGACGGCGCUCCCUCGUGCGGUCGCGACCAAUCGCCGGGAAGGGGGCGGGGUCAGGGCUUGUUAUGUCACGGCGGGGAGCGCCGGCCCCCCCGCCCCCAUCUCUCCCCCUCGCUCUCCGACCUUACGAAAAAAACCCCCCAUUUCUGUCGCCACGUCCUGA